AAAGUAGCUAGCUAAUGACACAUUCAAGUAUCACAUAUUGUGUUGAGCAUUUAAAUUAGCAGCACGGGGUGCAGAUGGAUAAUGUUUUUACCUUAGCUAGUUUUUCACAAUUUGUGCAAUUAUGCGCAGUUUCCUGGAUGGGUCCUUUCGACCAGGUCGUGCAGCUAUCUGUAUAGCCAUAUUAUUAAAUGGACAUUUUCAGUCAUGAGGGUACAACGUUUGGAACUUCAUGACCGUCAUUAGCAAUCCAACAGAAAAUGGCGGUACAAUUUUAUGAAUGUUAGCAAACAAUUUGUUAUUUCGACAUGAUGGGACAUUUUGUCUGUGAAAUUAAUUAUGCGGGAAAUAUGUUUGGAAUAAUCAUAUCGAAGCAAAUUUGGGAGUCACGCGAUGAUAUGUUAUGUUGACCUCCCAUUACGAUUUGGGAACGCGUGCAGUUUAUUAAGACUACAGAAUAAAUAUAUUUUGAACUUGAUGUACCUCUCUAAUAAAUAUCGAUGGUCUUAUUCUGGUGACUUGAUGCGUGGCUGCCGUUUGACAAAUAUAAUCAAUCUCGCUAUAAUCUAUAAUAUUCUCAUUUAGGCUAGCUAUCUCUGCGAACUGUUAGCUAGAGCUCACAUGCCUAGACCAGAGUGGGCACAUUUGCUAUUUAACGCAACAUUUCUACUUACAAAACCAUCAGUAGAAUUGGAAACGCAUUGAAUUUUUGAAUUUAAUUCUGUACUUUAAACACAUAUAUAUUUAAACUUCAUUCAUUUCCAGCACCACCUCAACAUUGUGUGAAAAUCGCGGAAGAUACGUGAUUCCUAUGACAUCAUCAGUGUGCAUCAUGUGAUUUUUAACCAAUUAUGAGUAGGCAUUGCCUACUAGUUGUCUACUAUUGGUUGUCAUUGGAAACACUUAUCUUCCUCAAUCUUUUAACAUGAAGUUGAAAAAGGGUGAUAUUUCCCUUAGUGCACAUAAAAUACACUUUUUUUUGUGCUAAUGACGUUACAUCAAUACUCUUUAUCAGCAACAGGCUCCAGGUGGCAUUGCAACCCCUCAAGUGUAUGCCCAGCUGUUGGCUCUCUAUCUACUGCACAAUGACAUGAAUAAUGCCAGGUACCUGUGGAAGCGAAUUCCUCAAGCCAUUAAAUCGGGAAACCCAGAGCUGACGGCCGUGUGGGCCGUGGGUCAGCGCAUAUGGCAGCGAGACUUCCCAGGGAUCUACUCGGCCAUUGCAGCUCACCAGUGGUCUGAGAACAUCCUGCCCGCCAUGGAUGCCCUGCAAGAGACCACACGUAGGAGGGCCUAUGGCCUGGUGGCCCAGGCGUACACCUCCAUCACGGCAGAAGACUUUGCCGCCUUUGUGGGCUACUCUGUGGAGGAAGCCGUGAAGGGGGUGGUGAGCCAGGGCUGGCAGGCAAAUCCUGCCACCAGGAUGGUAAUGCCCCAGAAACCAGAUCCUCCCCCUGUCUCGCUGGUUCCAAACGAGCAGCAACUGGCCAGACUCACUGACUACGUGGCUUUCCUUGAGAACUGAUCAAUUCCCUUCAGCCCCGUUUGUCUGCCGUGAGGAGGACUCCAGAACGCCCAUCUUCCAGAGCUUAGAUGGACACACGCACCAUACACACACGCACCAUAUACACACACACACACACACAGACACACAUGCAGGACCUCAAGCUCACCCCCCUUGUGCAUGAUUGUGGUCAUGUCUCUGGGAGCGAGACACCAUGUUUUCAGAAAGAUGGGCCUCAGACUUACGAUUCAGUUCGUACGCCCACUAACUCUGUUGUUGGGCAAUCCUUAGUAAAUGACUGCGACUUUACUGCGUCUUUACGAAGUGGCAGUCUCAAUGAUUGUAGUAGUUAAUUUAAUGUCAUUUCUGUAAGAAAUGUACUAUUUUCAUGCGCACGUUGGAAGAAUUUAUUUGCCCGCAGCCGCCCAACUAUGUGAGAAGUCCCGCAUCAGACUCUAACCCGCAAAUAGGCCGAAAAUUGGACGGGGUGCAAGAUUUUUUUUACUAAUAAUUUCCAACAUUUUGGUAGGCUAUUUGUUCGUCAACUUUUCUAUAAUUAUAUGCAUGCAGCUUCUCUUCUGUCAUUACUGCCCUAGAAGACUAAAUAAACACUUGUUCACCAGAAUGUCGUAAAUCGGUGAACGCUUCAAUCUAGUUGACUUCUGUAAAGUUUUCUUCCAUAUCUGCUUCUCUCCUGCAGGAGAGGUUUAGGGACCGGAGGGGUAAAUGCAAUAAAACAUUUUUUUAAGAUUUUCUGUUCAAAAUGUAUAUCAAUCUGACCAGUUUGAAGGAAAUUAAAAGCAGUGAAAACAAUCCAA